CUGGGUGCCGGAGGCAGGAGUCCCAGAGUGAGGAGGAGACUCAGGCUGAGGCCCGGCAGGGGACUGCGGGGGCCUGCGGAGACAGCGCCCGCGCCUCCCCAUCCUGCGUCGGACUGGAGGCGCCUCGCAGUCGAAGAGCGCCCGACACGGCGUCCUGGCCCCGGCCCGGGUUCUUCCACUGUCCCAUCCCUGCCUCCCAGACGGGGCGCCACUGCAGUGGUCUCCGCCGCGCGAAUUCCUCCAUGCCCCCUCUUCCCGCCUCCACCCACGCCGCUUUUCAACCAUUCAUUCUUGUGGAUAUAUUGAGUGCCUACUGUAGGCGCGGAGCAGAUAAAACCCGGGUUUCUGGCCAUGAAUCUUGGUCUUGAUACACCUUUAGCAAAGAGGAAAUGAUUUGGUGAUGGAGUGUUCCCACUGACCCAUGGACCCAAAGAAGAGAAGCUCAGCAGAGGCAGAAGGGUCCAAAGAAAGAGGCCUGGUCCAUGUCUGGCAGGCAGGAUCCUUUUCCCCAACACCAGAGAGAUUGCCAGGCUGGGGAGGAAAGACGGUUCUUCAAGCAGCCCUUGGAGUCAAACAUGGAAUUCUUCUGACUGAAGACGGUGAAGUCUACAGCUUUGGGACCCUUCCCUGGAGAAGUGAAUCGGCAGAGAUUUGUCCAAGUAGCCCCAUUCUUGAAAAUGCCCUGGUUGGGCAGUACGUUGUUACUGUGGCAACUGGGAGUUUCCACAGCGGCGCGGUGACUGAAAGUGGCGUAGUGUACAUGUGGGGGAAGAAUGCUGCCGGCCAGUGUGCGGUAGCUAACCAGCAGUAUGUGCCAGAACCGAACCCUGUCAGCAUUUCUGAUUCUGAGACCAGCCCUUUGUUAGCAGUGAGGAUUUUGCAGUUGGCAUGUGGCGAGGAGCACACCCUAGCAUUGUCAAUAAGCAGAGAGAUUUGGGCAUGGGGUACCGGUUGUCAGCUGGGUCUCAUUACCACUACCUUCCCGGUGACAAAGCCACAGAAGAUAGAACAUCUUGCUGGACGAGUGGUGCUACAAGUUGCCUGUGGUGCUUUCCACAGCUUAGCACUUGUGCAGUGCCUCCCUUCCCAAGAUCUGAAGCCAGUCCCAGAGAGAUGCAACCAGUGCAGCCAGCUCCUAAUUACUAUGACUGACAAGGAAGACCAUGUGAUUAUCUCAGACAGUCACUGUUGCCCAUUAGGUGUGACACUGUCAGAAUCCCAGGCGGAAAACCAUGCCAGCACUGCCGUCAGCCCCUCGACGGAAACCCUUGACAGUCAGGGGGAUGUUUUCGAGACCACUGUUGCAGAAAAUGACCUGCCUGUUGCCGCUGAACUGAAUGUAGGAGUUGUUCAGACCAUGAAUGGGGAUGCCAUUUCCUCUCAACAGAAUAGCAUGGGAACGGCUGAAAGUUCUUCUGCGAGAAGCAUACCAUCAUACCCUGACACCCAGGCAGUAAAUGAGUACUUGCGGAAAUUGUCAGACCAUGCGAUAAGAGAGAACUCAGAAAACAGUGAAAAGAACAGCGAAAAGCCAGUGCCAUCUCAGCCUCUCGUAGAAGAAACAAUUCCUAAUCUUCACAGCCCACCAACCACCAGCACCUCAGCCCUAAACAGCCUGGUAGUCUCUUGUGCAUCUGCUGUUGGUGUGAGAGUGGCUGCUUUUUUUUGUUUAUUUACUUUAUUCUUAAAUAUAAUUAAAUGGAAGGAGCCAGUUAGAACAGUAGUUAACAGUUUAUAA